AUGCCAGAAAUCUGGGGGAAAUCCACUGCAGCUUAUGGGCGAUACUAUCGACUCCUCUACGAAGCAAAGCCGGUUACAUGCGCCGUUAAAGGCACGGUCUUCGAUGCCCUUCCUGUACCCGCAGCAGUUGUUCUCGAUUUAUUUUGUCUGGCAGAGUUCAGAAUUACUCAAGGCAUCAGCGGUUCCACCGUCCCAGUACUUACCUGGAUGUCGGGUGGUGUGUCUACCUUCAUUCGUUUCUUUGGGGACGACACAAUCGGGGGCCUCGGAGAGUUUGAGUCCAGGGCUGCGGCGGAAGCUACCCUCACUGGGGUAACGACCUCGGAGGCAGGUUUAAAGAUCUUGUUUGAAGGCGAAGGAAAGUUACUGAAAAUUCCGGGUCUUCCUGCUAUGUAUGACUACGAAUUUUGCCCCCAAAAGCCCGCAACGACUAGCCCUGUUUUUAAAAUUCUAGCGGCAUCAGCAAAGUUUUUGAAAGAGGCCCAAGGCAUUAUUGCCGCGUCCCCAUAUGCGCUUGAGGAGGUUUCAAUAGACGCUGCAAAAUCCUUCUGGGGCAACCUAGAAAAGGAAAUGUAUGUCGUAGGCCCACUUUUAGCUCCAUCCCCAGCAUUCGAUGCCACUGUCUCCAAAAGUCAUGGAGAAAUUGAGAUAUUUCUAGACGACAAGCUUCGAAGGUUUGGAGGGAAAUCAAUAUCAUUUGGCACGGCAUUUUGGCCUACAGCCCCUGACUAUGUAGAAGAAGUAAUUGAUGCUCUGUUAGAGAAGCAAUUUCCAUUUAUAUUCGCAUAUGCUUCGCCUGCUGCAACCUUGUCAGACAAGCUGGUAGCCAAGGUCAACUCUUCGGGCGUUGGGCUGCUGUCGAAGUGGGCACCACAGCCAUAUAUCUUAAGUCAUCAGGCCACUGGAUGGUUCCUCAGUCAUGGCGGUAACGGCAGCAUCGUUGAAUCAUUGAGCAAUGCUAUACCUCUGGUAAUAUGGCCCUUCAACGCGGAUCAGCCAGCUGCCGCCGCCCACCUUACGGAGAAUCUCAAAGUGUCAUUCGAACUGAUUGAGAUCAGGACAGGAGAAUCGGGACUCAAGCCUCUGUACAGAUUGGGCCGCGCGCCUAAAGGUACCAGGGAGGCUGUGGGCAUCGAGAUAAGGGAGGUGAUUGACGCAUGUCGUGGUCCGAAGGGAGUGGAACUGCGCAAAAAUGCCGAGGCCGUGCAGGCGAAACUUUCGAAUGCAUGGAAGGAAGAUGGUAUUGCCGCUCGGGAUUUACGAGCUUUCCUGGACACGUAUUCUGGACGUGAUUAA